AUGUCCAUUUUGAAGCUACCUCAAAGCACCGCUCGUCUGCUUAAAUCCACUACCGUCGUCUCAUCCCCCCUGUCUCUUGUCAAAGAGCUUGUCGACAAUGCUGUUGACGCCAAUGCCACCAACAUUGAGAUCAGUCUCUCGGCCAACACUGUGGACAAGAUCCAGGUCAGAGACAAUGGCCAUGGCAUCAACCCCGAGGACUACGAAGCCCUGGGUCGAAGGUCACAUACAAGCAAGCUUCGGACCUUUGAGGAACUUCAGUCCAAGGGGGGGAAGACACUUGGUUUUCGCGGCGAGGCCUUGGCGAGCAUAAACACCUCCUCGAAGCUUACCAUAACAACGAGGACAAACCAGGAUAAGGCUGCAGCCUUUCUUGCCAUCAAGAAGGAUGUAGGAGGAAUCUCAGACAGCAAAGCCGUAUCGGGUCCCGUGGGGACGACAGUUGAUGUCCUCGAUCUGUUUGCCAGCGUACCGGUCCGAAAACAGCUUGCCAUCAAAGAGAGCAAGAAAGUCUACAAACAGAUCAAGGAAUUACUCUACACAUACGCCCUCACUCGACCACACAUCAGACUGUCGCUCAAGAUCGUCAAGGACAACAAACUCUCGUGGUCUUAUGCUUCCGGCAAGGGGGCUGAUACGGUCAGUGGGACCACUGGUGCGAUUCCUGUGAUCAUUCCAGCGAGACCAGCCACGCCAGCAUCAGUAUUGCGGCUCGAGGCCUUCCUCCCCAUGGCAGAUGCAGAUGCCUCCAAGAUUUCCGGCCAAGGUUAUUUCAUAUCCGUUGACUCAAGACCAAUGUCUACUGCCAGAGGGACCAUGAAAAAGCUUGUCGACGUAUACAAGACCUACAUUCGCGGCAGUUUAAAAGUCAACGCAUCGUCAAAGCCUCUGGUCAAGCCUUUCAUACGACUGAAUAUACAGUGUAUCAUCGGAAGCUACGACCCGAAUGUGACAGCAGCCAAAGAUGAGGUUCUAUUCGAUAACGAGUCCAGAGUACUUUCACUCUUCGAGGAGAUGUGCAAGGAGAUGUACUCGUCACUGAAGCCUAUGGCCAGAGCGGAGGUGGACGAAGAUCAUGCUCAAGUGGACAACUACCGACUCAGAAAGAGCAACCCUUGUUUUCUAUUAGACAAUGACGAAGAAAGCCUUAAUGGGCUUUCCCAUGGACUGGCACCAGACGACAUGACGAGUGUAGAAGAUGGCCUCGCAGGGCUGCCUUCGCCUAGUAGCGGAGAGCAUCACCCAGGUCCCGCCAAGAAGGGGGUUCGAGGUGGUUCUAUUCACGAUGACGCUGCAACACCAGAACAGGGACAGGUAGUCCUGAUCGACAGCAGCUCAGAAGUACCUUCCCAUCGCCAUGAACCGGAUAUGUUUGUCCCCAAACAGGGAGCAAUUUUGCAUAACGGUAAAGAGGUAUUUGGUGCCAGUCAAUUUGCGACGCAGGACCAGUCCCUUAUGGUAAUUGCAGGGUCGCAAUGCAGCACUGAACCAACUCAAUCUCUCCUUCGGACCGCAUGGGAAGUAGACAUGGCAAGGGAUGUAACCGCAAGCCCCGAUGGAAAUACCCGGCCGAUCCUUCUCGAUCCUCCGCGGACAGACCUUACCAAAUACCUGCAGUCCCAGCGUCUUGGUCAAACACAGCGCGAGGAGCCAAAUCCGUGGUCUAUCGCCAAGAAAGCCGCAGAGAAACGUGGUGAUUAUGAGGACAGUACUCCCAAGUCUCUAGCUGAGGCUGAAAUCGAAGUUCAAGGCAAAAGCUUCGUUGGAACAUCUUCUCGCCAUCAGCUGCUCUUCUCCGAGACUGAAAAUUUCAUGCGCAGAGACUCUGACAUGGUCCAUCCGAGUAUAGAAGACCACACGAACAUACGGCGCCAGCAUCCUCGACCCCAUCGGAACCCUGCAGUGCGAAGGGAGGAAGCAUAUGAGGCGGACGAUUCUGAGCCACCGAUACUGGAACAUCCCGCCGCUCCACAAGGUGGUAUUCACGGGCUGAGAUACCAAGACCGGCGAAGAAUUACGAGAGAUGAAGAGCCAUUCCAGUCCACUGGAGUGGAACAUAACUCCGACGACCUGAAUGUUGAACCUUCCAGAGGCCCUGGUGUUUGUCAGCGCGCGUACGCGAAAACACCACACCCUUUUGGCCAUUUCGACCAGGAAAAUGCACUUGGCACGCCGCCCCCUUCCUCAAGCCCUUUGCAUAAGCCAUUUCGGGUACCUGCUCGUAUUCGACUAGGCAAGCAGCGUCAGGAAAUGCAAGGUUUCCCCGGCGUUCUGCCAAAGGUCGCACGGGCUGUGAGCCCUAAGGCGGAUAGGCUGAGACAAGGUAAGAUUGUCUUCAACACGGGAAAAGACCAGAAACCACUCGAACCAGAAUACACCUUGGACAACGGUCAUUCGAUAGGACUGGGCUACAAAGGCUCUCAGGACGACGUCGUUGUCUCCGAGAUAACAAAACGGUCCCCUCGCCAUGUCAGCGAUGAUGGACCAUCCCAAAAAGAGAUGGAGAAGGCGCUGGAGAGGCUUCACGCACUUCGCUCAAACACCGAGGACACUGACUGUAUCGAAAAUCUGGGACAGAAUGAGAAACGUGGCAGGUCUAAAACUCGAAGACCGAAUACUACUGCGCCUGGCACGUCCCCACGGAGCUACUUGAGACGGAGUCUGGCAUCUAGGUCCCCAUCAAGGAACAAAACUCUGCUAGCAUUUGAGACGCUUUCUGCAGAGACAUAUACUUAUUCGCAGCUACUUACACUUGACCUACGCAAGAUACGCAAGCAGGUGAUCAAGGCAUCUUACUACGAUGUUUACGUCUCCAGGGGCGAACAGGAGGCCGCGUUUUCAACGGGGCUGGCUGAGAUGGAGGACAUCAGCAACAGGCUUCAAGAGGUUGUCGGGGCAUGGGCGUAUGUGGAGCACGGUGAAGAUCUGGAGAUUGAGAUUGAUGUUGUCGCACUGCUCAAGAGGAAUGAUGUGGAAGGCAUGAUAGAAUAA